AUGUGCAACCGGUUCACAACCAGCCUCAGGAAGACAGGAAUGUUCAAGAUAAUCGAUAUGAAGUCGCCAAUGACCGAAGCAAUCGAAGCUGAUGACAAUGAUGACUUGUCAGUUCCAGAGGGAGUAGCUGAAGACAAGAAUGUUCAACAGGAAGAACAAUUAAAUGUUCCUACAGACGUUCCUAUUCCUAAUCAAGCUAUAGAAGAAGAUGAAACUCUUAAUCAAACUCUACAAAACCUACAAGAACAAGCGAAGACGCCAAUUCAGGCCAAGGAAGUAUAG